UCAUUCGUGGAACUAUGAGUUUGGGUGUGUGAUAUUGGAGUGACAGUGCAGAUCGUCUAUAAAUCGCCUGAACAAUCUCCACUGGGUGAAGUCGUGUUCACAAUAUGGAACUUGUGUAUUCACGAUAUUCACGAGAGCCUAAAUCAACCCAGCAUAAAUAUCUGUCGGACCUUUGUAACUGGCUUCAUUUUCAGGAAAUCCUGUUCAAUCUUUUGAAGUGUCUGGGUGUUUUUUAUGCUGUUUACUAUGCCGUGGGUAGUUUGUGCUUUGCAGGUUUCAAGCUACAGUUUUUUGAUGGAAAAAUUCCCUUUGACUUUCUGUCCUGGAUAGAUUUAAGUCUAUGUUGUGUGAAAUACACAUCUGAACAAAUUGUUAACCUCCUAUCCAUGCUCCUGAGCUUCUCAAUUUGUGGAUUUAUAUAUGGCAUACUUGUCCCAAACUGGAUUUGGGAUUAUGCAGUAACAGUCACCAUAAUUCAUAUUUUAAUGUGUUGCUUAGUGAUGUUGAAUUUUCCUCUCAACUGGUCUUGGUGGGUUUGUUUGACAGUGAAAUUGUGGACUGCUUUCAAGAUGUGUGCUUUAAAAAAUAUGUGUUCUGGUUAUAGGUGGAAAAAAAUUAGGGUAGCAUGUGCCUUAAUAUUAGAGAUAUUCUUUGGAGAAAUAUUGAGUUAUAUCAAAAGACAAAAAAUACGAGCUAAAGUUGCAGUGACUGUGGAACAGGAGCCAUCAAAUUAUUUACACAAUAAGACAUGACACAUCUUUCAAAUAUUUCAUCUAGUAUACCAUCAUCAGAUUCAUAAAAAUUACAAGCAUCAACAGGACAAAUUUUCAUUUUCAUAUCCUUUUGCACUUUUUUUAUAAGUACAAUGUAUUUUGUUUCUCUCUUUUUUUUUGCCACAAAUCUUCAUACAUUUAGUGUUGUGUAUUACACUGCACUGAGAGAGUUCACAGUGUAAUCACAUUUUUGUUUGUCACAGUGUAUACCAUCAAAAACCAUAUAUUUUAUAUCUUCAAUUAUACACAAUAUAUCUUACCAACAUAAAGUCAUAUAUUUGCAACAAUAAAAAAUUAUUUCUGGAUAUGAGACACAAAUUACAGGCAUAUUACUUUAAAAGGAUAAUAAUAAUAAUAAUAUGUAGUUGCAAAACUGAGACGUGAAGGCAGUUUGAAGCCGUUAUCACCAGCUUUAUUUUUGUGGUUUUUGACAUAUUUAUUUUUUAUAUUGGUAACAAGUUGAUAUUUUCAGAAGAGGUAUACAUUUUUUUAUGAAAUAACCGAAAAACCCUCAUGUUCCAAGUUACAAGUUGAGAUAUUCCAUUUAAGAACCGAAAGUCCUAUACAGACGAAAAUGACUUCUUAGUUGAGGCUUUUAGUGACAAGUAAUUGAUUUUGAAGUCAUAAUAUAUUCUGAAAAGAAUACAGUUUCAAGAUGGCCAAAAAUAUGCCUCUACAACUUACUAUUGAAAUAAUAUUUCAGUUAUAUGGUAUUGCUCUUUGACUGUCAUGAAAAUAGAUAGUAUACAAGAUGUUGCAAAAAACCUUUAAAACAAUAUUAUUUGGUAAUCACUGAUGUCUCAUGCUUUUUUUUUUUUUGGGGGGGGGGGUUGGUUAGCAAGCUGAAGGUUGGGAUCACUGACAUGUUUUUAAACUAGGUAUAAUUCUGUGCUGUACACAUUAUCAUUAGUUAAAAGUAGUCACAAAAAUGUGUAGCCUAUAUUACUUUUAUUUAUUGCUUUUAUCAACAGAAUUGUUAAAAAAUGUCCUUUAUGUGAUUCUUUUAUUAUUUAUUUUAAUAAUUAGCUUUAUAAUCUUAAGUAUCCAUAUAGGUUGUUUUGUAGAGAUUUUUUUAGAACUAUUUUUAGAUCUGAAAAUAUUUGUUUAUUACUUGCAUACAUUUAUUUUUAUAUAUUAAAAUGUGAAAAUCUG